GGAGUCUUCAUCCCAACAACUUAUCAAAGCCAACAACCAAUAAUAACACCACCUUUAUGACAGCAGAAGAUAGCUCAUUAACUGAAUAAACUAUCAUACAUCCAUAUCCGCUAGCCGCCAUUUUAAACAUGGAUGUCGCUAAGUUUUUAAACAUUUUGCUUAUCCCCUGCUUGUCUUUGGGAGUAUGUUCGCACUUGAAAAAAAUAAGAACUUCUAUUUCUUAUCCCAAAGACCCAAACUAUGAAGAUGUUAUGGCGAUGAAAGGGUGAAGAAUAUGGAUAUAGAAUCAGUGAAAAGAGGGCUGAGUUAUUAUACAAGAAAGAACAAGAAGUGGGUUUUUGCUCUGGGAAUCUUAGGAUUCACUAGUUACAGUGCAUAUAGAUCUUACAAUUCACCAGCUAUGGUGAAAAGGAGGCAGAGAUUUUUGGGAUUAUUUGGCUCCUUAGCUUCUUUAGCUGAAAUGGCAUCUAAUUCAGCUAAUACAAUUUCCAUUCUUUCAAAAGAUCUGAAUGAAUUUAUACAGUCAGAUUCGGAUCAAGUUCCUCCAAGUAUAAGGCAGAUUUCCAAGAUCGUGAAAUCAGAGGAGGUCUCAGAGUCUCUGGUUAGGAUCACAGCGUCUGUAACCGCGGGUGUUCUUCAAGGCUGCCAAAACACGGCUGGUACUGGUUUUUUAACAUCAGAUUCUGGGUUCGGCGUUGAUCGGGUUCUGGAUAAGUUGUUCACCGAUGCUGGCUCUGGUUUUGCGUCGGCGGUCGUGGGGAGCUUCGCCAAUAACUUGGUCACGGCGGCGUUCUAUUCAGACAGUCCGGCCGAUGGAAUGAGGUGGGUAAACAAUGUACUCUACGACGAAAAGUGCAGAGAGAUAAUUGAAAACUGCGUUCAACUCUCUGUAAGCACAGCCGUAUCAGUAUAUCUGGAGAAGACGAUGAACACCAACACCUUUGGUGACAUCUUUUCUGCACUCACAAACCCCAAGCACGAAGCCGAAGUAAGAGACAUUCUGGUUACCCUAUGCCAACACACAGUGGAGACAUUCAUCAGAACAUCUCAUCAAGUCUUGAGCAAUAACAAUCAACAUCUCCAAAGCAAUGUUUUGGCUAGAAACACAAAGUUCAUUCUUGACUUGACUAAGAGGCUUACCUUUGAGACCAUGAAAUCUUUUCAGGAGUUUGUGCAGGAACAGGUGUCAGAGAGUUUGAGAAGAAGGGCAAAGUUAAUGCAUGAAAAGGAAGAAGCAUUGGAGGAGUAUGUGAGGCAGAAGUCAUCUACUGCAAUUACUGCAUUUCUUACUUUGUGCUUGCACAUAGUGAACAGUCCUUGGCUUUUAGUACAAUAAAAGAAUGGUUGACAUAUAUGAUGAAAUUUUCAAUUUUAAAAAGGUACAACUCCUAAGAAUUAUAUAUUCACAUAACACACCAUAUCUAUGUUAAGCUUAUGAUUGUUCAUAAAUUCAAGUUGAGGGCAAAUCAAUUUUUAUAAUUUUG